ACUCAGAGCGUUCCCAAUUUCAAAUUUCAAAUUUUAAUAAAAACCCUAGAGCUAGAAAAAGAGUAAAGAAAAUAAAUCCGAGGAUAACGAUGGAGGUCGGGAAAAUGGAUGAAUCGGUGGCGACGGAAGUGUUUUUGGAUCCGGAGACAGAGUUUUUGGUGUCCAAGGAGCAGAGCGGCAACGAGUGGGAACUGUACAAGGAAAAUGUCCGCCCUCUGAAGCGCGGCCGCAACGUUCGUCUCCUUAACCAUGCUCUCAAAUCACAUGCCCAAUCUCAACUGCAGAAUUCACUUCUCCAUCAUCGGAGGAAGUUGAUUGAGGCGAUUGACGAGUAUAAAGGCGAGGAUCCUCUGCACCCCUGGAUCGAGUGCAUAAAAUGGGUUCAAGAGGCUUUCCCUCCAGGUGGUGACUGCUCAGGGUUAAUGGUGAUUUAUGAACAAUGUGUUCGCACCUUUUGGCACGAAGACCGUUACAAAGAUGAUCUGCGAUACCUAAAAGUUUGGCUGGAAUAUGCUGAAAGCUGUGUUGAUGCAGAAGUCAUUUAUAAAUUUUUAGAGACAAACAAAAUAGGGGUAACACAUACCUUAUUCUACAUUGCCUAUGCACUACACAUGGAACACAAGAACAAAAAUAGAACUGCAAAUGAGAUCUUCAAUCGCGGGUUAUCUAUGAAGGCUCAACCAACCGAAAAAUUGGAAGAAGCUUACAGGAAGUUUCUAGCACGCUCAAUGAGACAACUGAAAGCUACUGAAGAGGAUGUGACCGAGAACCAGUUUCCCACUAGAAGCUUUGGAACUGUAUUGGCUAGAGAUUCAAGAAAUCGAACUCCGGAAAGUUCAGAUAUUCUUAGGAAAAAACAUAAACUAGACAGGGCUCCUGGAACUAAUCUGUCUGUCUUCAAAGACGACAGCAGCACUUCGUCUUUCGGACAUCAGCCCGAGCUAGCAAUCCCAGACAUGAAGCCAUGGCACUCACUCGGUGCCCGAGCAGAAAGAAACAAAGAAAACAACUCAAUUCCUUCCAAGUGGACAUCAACUAAGAUUCCCCCAAGGCCUGGCCAGAGACUUGGAAGACCACCCCCUGGCCCUCGCAUCGAGAUUUUUGUUGAUGAAGAAUGCCCCGAGAAACAUAAACAAGACAAUGAAAGUGGAAAAUCUUCGGCCUUGCAGCUUAGAGCCGGGGACGGUAGAGAUCUUACUAAGGAAACUUUGCUGUUGAAAGAGAAUCCUCUGCGCCACUUCCCUCCGAGUUCUCUGCCUCGAUAGAUAACUAACUGUCCAACCAACCGUCCAUGUUGGUAUAUUCCUUGUCCUUUUAUUGCAUUGCAUAAGUUUCGAUUUUUUAAAGCAUGUGUGUGGUUUGUCGAUUCCAAUAAGCCUUUGAGUUGAUAUGAUCAUGUCUGGUAUCGUAUGGGCUUCUAAUGUUGUUGUCUGUUUUCUUUUUAAUUAAUGUAAACUUUGGCGGGAGUUCUUCAUUUGUAUGCAAUUAAGGUUACAGUUGGUGUUACUUAUCAUUUUCAA